AUGUCUUCCUCCAAUCCUUGCACUCCCCACUCCAAGAGACCAUCAACCUUGAACACAAGCUUCGAAAGCGCUACAACCACAACCAGCUGCGGCAUGCCCGGUUGCUUCACCUAUGCCAACGGCGAAAAGCAUGCACCGCUCCUCACCGCAUUCGAAGAGUUCCUCUCCAUCAUGCAAAACCACAAGGAUAAUCUCAUCCGAGGCUCCGUCAAGAUCAAGCGCCGGAUUAUGGAAAUUCGUGUUAGACACUCAGACCUUGAGUCUGGUGACGCGGACUUAGCAGAGCUGCUACAAGUCGAGCAUAGCUAUGUCGAGGCUUUGGAGGCUCAUGAAGACGAAGUUGCUCAUGUGAAGAGGGAGGGUAUGUAUGGGGAUUCUGAUGGCGAGGAGGAGUUUAAUGAAGUUGAAGAGAAGGUCGAGCUUGCCAAAAGCAUGGAGGACGUCGCAAGUAAUCUUCUUUCUUUGGCCGAGAAAGUUUUUGAUGCUUCAAAAGACCAGCAAGUGGACGCCUACUAUGUUUUUCAUUUGUUUUUAGAUGAGGUGGUGGCAAAGGCUAAAAUGGAGAAGGCAAAGCCUAAGGGAAAUGUUGGACAAUAUGAACUCACUGGCGCCGAACCUUACUCGCUAGACGAGGAGGCAAAAUUUGAAAAUGCGGAGGAGGAACAGGAAGAACAAGGCGUGGAGGAAGGAGAGAAGGGGGUGAGGAGUUGA